UAACUGAUGCACCAAGCAAGGCCGAAGGGCAUACGGUGGAUACGAUACAAAUCGACCAACACGUCCCAGAAAGCGAAUUUUAUUCCUCAGGAGCUCAAAAACCGCCACAAAUACUUCCCAAAGGCAAGCAUUCCACACUCCACUACGGUGCAAGAUGACAAUAGUAGGCGAAAUCUCGUGAAGAACUUGCUCAAGUCAACCGGAAAAGACUAUACUAGGUCCAAAGGAAACUACUUCGAUCCAGCAAACUCCCAAUUGAACUUGUCGUUGAAUAACUCCGUGCUCUUUGAUAAGAUUUCCAAGGCUACCAUAGAUAGAACCGCUAAAAGAUUCGAGAUUCCAUCCAAGGACUGGAAAAGCGACAUCGCCAAACUUCUUGAAGGCCUGGAGGAGGCGAAUAAGUCAAAAGUGAACAAGAUAAGGAGAGCGAUACACGACUCCAUUAUCAAUGCCACCAUCAGUUCACAAGCAGUCAACGAUUCCACCAACAUAGGAGACUUGGUGACCUUGUACGACGAUAACGUAAAUUUAUACUUGGUUGUCGAAAUCCCCACCAACUUGAGCUCGUCUUCCUAUACGUUUAUCAACAACGAGGGAGAGGUUGUGUAUGCAAAGAGAUCCGCCAUAAAGCUUAGGUUUCCUGGUGUGAUCCCCAAGAAGUACCACGAUAUCGUGAGGACUUUCGUGCAGUUGGAGAAGAAAUACUUGGACAUUGCUCCAGUGGGGGUGGCCAAUGAUAAAUACACCAAAUCAGUGCAAUCCUUACCCCAAGAAUUACAGGACCCUGAGAUCAAUGAAAAUGUAUCUACAAAGUCGAGGCUACAGGCAUACCGGAGCAGCAAGUUGGGCUCAGCUCUGGAAAAUGGGAUAAUCACCGAAGAUGCUACCGAUAUUGCAGUGGAGGGCACUGAGUCGAUUUCCUCGGAAAAUGACUUUCUUGUGGCCCAAGCGUCAUCUCAAUUUCUCACCAAUUCCAACGUCAACACCUACCACGUUCCCAUCGAGGCUCGGAAGUUCUACUCCAAGGCUCUUACCGACGUAUCCAUCAAAGCGUUCAACCAGCUUUCGCUCGUCAACACCAAAUUGGAAGUGUUGCACCGUAAGCUCCAAUACGACUACAACCAUGAUUUAAUCAACUCACCCCGAACAAUUUCCAUUUUCGAAAUACUCUACCAUAUCGAGCAUACCGACCUCACCAAGCUUGAAGACUACAAUGCAUCCGUCUCCCACAUAGGAAAAUCGCUAGACCUCCCGUUUGAUUUCGAGUCCCAACAGUACCACGUCUCGACCUUUUUGGCCUUGAUUAUUUCGCUCAGAAAGCAAUCGAGGCUUUGGAAUAUCGACAAGUACAGUAAGAGCUACCCUCCAGCCAGUGUAACCAUUCUCCCCAUCAAGAACGUGGAGUUGAUCAAUAAUGUGAUAUAUUUCUUGAAGUUCAAGAAGGGAGACUCCCAAUUUGCGAACUACGCUAUGAAGAAGUCCGGACCCAAGCCGCAGUAUUAUGAAGAUAUUAUUCAGAUGUUCAAGGACUACAUAAUUGGCAAUUUCACCAGUGAUCCGGUUUUGGAGACCUUGUUGGUGGGUAUAGUAAGAUUGGUGGAUAAGCACUUGGGGCACGUCGAGGGAAUUUACUCUUAUGAAUAUUCCAAGGCUAGAGCCUACGAUUUGUUGAACUGCCUCCAGGAAUCUCCAGGACAGACAACACCCCAAAUUGUCAAUCCUGGUACAUGGUACAAGUCUUUACCCAUAGCGGAAGACAUAAGUAUAAUGUCCAAUUUGAGCAAGGACUACUAUGAAUUCAUUGACAAGCAUUUGGAUGCAAGUGAUGUGGACACAGCUCAGGCAUCAGUGGAGUUAUCUAAAGAUCGCGUUGGAGUUCUGAUACCAGAAUCUAAAAAUCUUGAGGCUUUCAACGACACCUUUGGUGGUACAAAAGACAAGAACACCAGUGAUUUCUAUACUUCGGAUCCACUUUGCGGAAUUCGUGAAGACUUCAGGUCUAUUCCAAUCUAUUGUAUUGACUCUGCCGAUGCACAUGAGAUCGACGACGGAAUUUCCAUCCAUCUGGAUGCCAGGGAUUAUAUUAUUUCCACUCACAUCGCUGAUCCAGCAUCUUAUCUUCGGCCCCACUCAAUAAUUAGUUCUAUUGCCUUUAGCAAGGGAAGGACUACUUACUUACCUGAAGGACCAUCAAUGAUGUUGCCCAAAUUAAUUCCAAAUUUGUCAGGGUUGGGUAUUAAUGGAAAAGAAACAAGAACAUUUGUCAUCCAAUAUAAGCUCAACAAGGCCAUAAUUGAUUCAUACAUUGAAGAAAGGCUCAAAGACAGUUCAUAUGAGCUUCCAUCCAAAAUUCUUACCCAGAUUCAAGACCAAAUCAAAUCUACAGCCAACAUUAAAGUUGCAGUAGGUAAGAACUUCCCUCAAGGUUAUACUUAUGAAAAGGUAGAUAGCCUUUUGAAAGACGAGAGUAAAAUCAACAAUUUCAGAAGGGGAAUCACAGACGACAAAAACUUCCAGAACUUGUUUAAACUCUGGAACAUAUCGACCAUCUUGCACAACAUAAGAGUAUUGAUCGGCGAGGGCACCCAAUUUGCCAUUACCAAGUCCAAUAUCAAGGUAAUGCCCAUGAAUGAAGCGCGGGGCGAGUUGCCUUCCUUCAAGCACAUCAAAAAUGGGUAUGAGAUGGCUCUCGAGUCAAAACAGGCCGUGCAAGUGAUUUCGUCUUCUUCGCAGGGCGAAAAUUCGAGAUCUCAACUCUUGGUGUCAGAAUUCAUGAUUUUUGCAAAUCAGUCGAGUGCUUCAUUUGCACACCGAAAUGAUAUCAAAAUCAUUUACAGAUCACAAGAGAUGAUUUUGACCGAAGAAGUGAAGAAAACUAUCCACAAGUUGAUUAAGGACAGUGUUUUAUCGAAACAAAAAAUCAGUGAGGAGAGCCUUAGCAAGAUAUUGUCUGUAUUAACCAGUGCCAAAACUCAAAUCCAGCCAAAGAGACACGAAUCUUUGGGGGUUGACUCUUACACCAAUGUGACCUCGCCAUUGAGAAGGUAUACAGAUAUCUUGAAUCAUUGGAAGUUCGAGGAAUAUCUUUUGAAAAAGAGCGAUUGGUUGCAACUUUCUGAUAGCAAUCUCCAGUUUAUCGCCAAUCAUCUUCAAAAUAUGGAGCUCAUUAACAACCAGAUUCAGAGAUUCUCGUCCAAAUUCUGGGAGGGUAUUUUCCUAAAGGAAUAUUUGCUUUUGUUGAAACAAGGAAAAAUCCCAUCGGACCAGAAGAUAAAGUUCAGAGUAUUAAUCAGGUCCAAUCCCAGGAAUGGUAAUGUGGUUUUGGUUGAUGUACUUGGCUUCAGCAACCUUCACUCCAAAUUGGAGGUAACACCAACUUUGAUGGAGUUAUUCAAAAAGGGUGAAGUUCAGGUGGGCCAAAUUUUGGAGUCUGAUAGAAUUAAAAUUGUCAAAGUAGAUUUCAUUGAAGAUGAGUUGAUUUUGGAAUACAAAUAGGGAUGCUAUACAGUCGUUAGAGAUUGUUCACCAUUAAGCCGGAUAACUCCCGGAUCUAGAUAUAGAAAAGAGUGAUACCAAUUUGAAAUUUCAUGAAUCAAAAAGAACUCCUGAACUUCACUUCAAGCAACCAUUUUUUGAAAUGUCCUUGAAGUUCCAACCAUCCAUUCAUUCCCAUAAAUGUAUUACAUCCGCAUGGUCGAAGUGAUGCAUAUGUAAAUAGCAUAGAUAGAAUCCACUUGUAAUUAUUACGAUAUUCAAACAC